CUUAAGUGUUUUCCCGCCUUUUCCACCUCAUGCUACCUAACGGAUUUAGGCCCUUUCCUGCCUCCUUCUCGUCCCCCUCAUUAACCUGAUUUUAAUGGAUGUAGGCAAAUUAUUUUCUCACUACCUUCCCCUUUCAGCUAGAUUUAGGCACUCUUCCACGACUCUCCCUCAACAGCGUUGCACUAAUAGAUAUAGGCACUUGCCUGCCUUUUUCUCCUCUGUCAGCCUUGCCAGCCACAGAGGUUAUGAAAGCUUGGAUGUGUAUUUAUACACAAAGUGAAUGACGGGAUUCUUUUUAUUCUGCUUAAACUAGGUAUUGUGGAAGGAGAAAUGAAGAGGGCAUUAACUGACCAUUCAAGCCGCUCUACUGCAGGCUACUUACCAGUCCCACUGUUCAAUCAGAAAAAAAGGAACAGGCAACCACUCACUUCAAACCCGCUUAAAAAUGAGCUAUGUACCAGCAAUCCAGCUGAAAAUGUGGAUUAUUCUGCCAUGCUAGCUGAUUUCGGUUGGGAAAUUGCAAAGCCAGAACCAACUCGAUUACAGAAAACAAUCCCAGCAGAGCUUCCUGUUCCACCUUUAGUGUUAAGACACCAAAACGCACCAACAUCAGCUGUAUCACAAGCAGAAAAGAACUUCAACAACUGGAGACUAGAGGAGAAAAACAACACUUGGAAAAGAAACAACUUCCCAGCUUUGGGCAGUGGAACAGACAACAGGAAGGGCUCACAGCUUGACAACAGUCCAGAGUAUUUGAUUGGGACUGGAUCAAAGCAACAGAAAUCAGCUGGCUAUUCACAUGGUAGCAAGGCAGGAGGAGCAGAACAAAGCUAUCCAGCCACAGCCCAAUGGCCAGCUGGAAGGAACGCAGUGCUGAGGGGCCCACAGGGUCAGAGUACAUCGUAUACAUUUAAACCCAGCCCUUUUCAACAAAAAGUUAACGAGAAAAAUGCUGAUUGUGCUCAAGAUGUCAAAAUGGUUCAGAAAGGGCCAGCGGCGUAUCAAGCCAAACUGCAGGAAAAAAACAAUUCUCUCAGAAUUAUAUCUGUUGUCAUUGAAAGCAUGAAACACUGGAGUCAGUAUACGAAUAAAGUGCCACUGUUAUUUGAGGUCUUGGGCGUCCUGGAUUCUGCAGUCACCCCUGGGCAGUACGGGGCCAAGACUUUCCUGUUGAGAGAUGGGAAGGAGAGCGUGUCAUGUGUAUUCUAUGAGAUUGACCGGGAGCUGCCAAGGUUAAUCAGAGGUCGAGUCCACAGAUGCAUGGGAAACUAUGACACAAAACGCAAAGUCUUCAAGUGCGUCUCCGUCAGACCUGCAACGGUUCCUGAGCAACAAACUUUCCAGAAUUUUGUCAAAAUUGCAGACGCUGAGAUGAGCAAAUUUGUCAAAACAAGCAAUGAAGUUUAACUUACACACAUAUACUAGGAAUAAUAAUAUGGGCAUAAUGCGAAAUAUUUGUUAAAGCUCAAAUUCUCAGCACUGAUAUGAAAGCAUCACCAUAACACGUUACCUAAAAUAAAGUAGUUCUGCUUU